UUGUUCAUGUUCUCCUUUCCUCUCCAGGUUUAAAAUCCGAGACUUUUAGUUUCAAAAAAAAAAAAAUCCGAGACUUUUUUUUUUGUCCGCGUCCUCCUCCGCCCUCAACCGUAGACGCCUCGCCGUCCCGGCCGCCAAGCCAACCCAACAACCCCCUGCUCGCCGUUGCUGCAGCCGCGCGCAGGCGAUGGGUCGUGAUCGCGAAGACGUGACCGAGUUCCUGGGGCAGGUGCCCCUCCUGCAGUGCCUCCCGGGUUCCUCCAUCCGCAGAAUCGCCGAGGUCGUCCAGGUCAGGAGCUACGAGCCUGGUGACUAUGUCGCUCGCGAAGGUGAACCUGUUGAUGGCCUUUACAUCAUAUUGGAUGGUCAGGCUGAAGUUUCUGCGCCUGCGAAUACAGAAGAAGCAAACCGCCCAGACUAUGUGUUAAAUAAGUACGACUACUUUGGUUACGGAUCUAAUAGUUCUGUUCAUCAAGUAACUGUUGUUGCAUUAUCAAAGCUGACCUGUUUCAUAUUGCCCAAUCAAUAUGCACAUUUGUUACAACCCAAAACAAUUUGGAAUCCGGAGGAAACACCUAAACAUUCUUUGCUGGAACAAAUUUUGCACUUAGAACCACUAGAGGUCGAUAUUUUCCGUGGGUUUACUUUGCCCGAAGCUCCAACUUUUAGGCACGUUUUUGGAGGACAAUUCAUUGGACAGGCACUGGCAGCAGCAUCCAAGACUGUUGAUUGUCUAAAAAUGGUUCAUAGUUUGCAUGCAGUUUUUCUUGUUGCUGGAGACAUUGACAUACCAAUAAUAUACCAAGUUCAUCGGGCACGUGAUGGAUCCAACUUUGCCACAAGAAAAGUGGAGGCAAAGCAGAAGGGCCUAGUUCUAUUCACCUUAAUUGCUUCUUUCCAGAAGGAAGAAGUGGGUUUUGAGCAUCAGGCUGCAAUCAUGCCUGAUGUUCCUCCUCCAGAACAGCUCCUUAAUCUGGAGGAGCUACGAGAAAGACGGCUUACUGAUGAUCCACGCUUCCCACCCCAAUAUAGGAGCUUGGCAGCUAACAAAAAGUUUACUCCUUGGCCCAUAGAAAUAAGAUUAUGUGAAGAUUCAGCGUCUCAACAUAAACCAAGCUUAAACUACUGGUUUAGAGCUCGGGGAAAACUUUCAGACGAUCAAGCUCUACAUAGAUGUGUUGUAGCAUAUGCUUCGGAUCUACUAUAUUCUCCUGUGAGCCGUCACCCUCAUCUGGCGAAGUCUUUGGAGAUACACGUGCUCAGUCUUAAUCAUUCCAUCUGGUUCCACAAACCUGUGAAUGCUGACGAAUGGUUGCUCUAUGUGAUCGAGAGCCCAUCUGCGCAUGGUGGUCGGGGUUUCGUCACUGGACGCAUGUUCAACAGGCAAGGAGAGCUUAUCAUGUCGCUGACCCAAGAGGCGUUGAUUAGAAGGGAGAAGCCACGAGGACGAAAUCCGAGGCCAAAGCUUUGAGAGAUGCACCAUCCUUUCUUCUAAUUUGGUUUAGAUAUUUACGAAUUCACAAGCAAAAAUGUACAAUAUCAACCAUGGAGCAGUUUCACUGAAAAUCUGCACCCUUUUGGUGUUCUCUUAGCUCUAUUUUUCCCCCCUAGAGCAGAGUUUGUAGAGCUACACCUAUUUGGUUGAAAAACAUGAAGCGGGGCAGUUAAACAUGCCCUUGGUGCUCACACCUUUCCCUAUCUGGAAUAUAAUUCCCUUUUUUAUCGGAAGUAAAA